AGGAACUUAAAACCUGGCAAACUGCCAGCCACAUCUUUAGUAUAUCCCUCGCUGUUAGUUGGUUUAUUCCGUUUUACGAACGCAUUCCACCUGAUCCUUGUUUGUACGCGUUCGAAUAUACAGUAUUGGAUAUAAUUGCAAACCCAGGCUGUAACUAACUUGAUAUCCGGAUAUUAAGGGCUGUACAUAUAUGGAAGAAAACUUCGAUACACUUUAUUCAGAGUUUCUGUAGGGUAACGGUUACGUUGAUCAUCAUUGUUACACAGUCUUCAUUUUCAGAAAACCUACUCUUCGACGUCACAUUGUAAAAAGUGGCCACUCUAAUAUGAUCUAUGUUGACGAGACAGAACCAGACGGAGAGCUCGAACCUCCUUUUGAACCAAGAAACGUUGCGGUGAAGAAAGGUCAGGAUAUUAAAAAGGAAUAUACACUGCACGAGGAACUUGGGAGAGGAAAAUUCGGCACAGUUUACAAGUGCAAGGAAAAGUUAACAGGACGUUGUCUAGCGGCAAAAUUUGUCAUAACAAAUAGAGCAGAAGACCGGAAAGAUGUAGAGCGUGAAGUAGAGAUUAUGAGAACACUUCAACACCCUCGACUUCUUCAGCUGUACGACGCCUUUGAUGACGGGAAAAAAGAAAUGUGCUUGAUAUUAGAGCUGAUAGAAGGAGGGGAACUGUUUGAACGUGUCAUUGACGACGACUUUAUCCUCACUGAAAAAGCUUGUUCUAUAUUCACAAGACAAAUCUGUGAAGGUGUAGAAUAUAUGCACGGCCAAAAUAUUCUUCAUUUAGACAUGAAGCCAGAAAAUAUUCUCUGCGUCACAAGAACAGGAAACCGUAUCAAGCUAAUAGAUUUUGGUUUGGCGAGGAAGUAUGAUCCGACGAAAAAGCUCCAGGUCCUGUUUGGAACCCCAGAAUUUGUCGCACCUGAGGUUGUGAACUUUGAGAUGGUCACCUACAAGACGGAUAUGUGGAGUGUGGGCGUUGUUUGUUAUGUUCUGUUAUCAGGAUUAUCUCCAUUUAUGGGUGACAGUGAUCUUGAAACUAUGGCUAAUGUCACCAAAGCAGUGUAUGAUUUUGACGAUGAAAGCUUUGAGAAAAUUUCAGCAGAGGCUAAAGAUUUUAUUUCCAAACUUCUCAUAAAAGAUGGGGACCAAAGAAUGUCAGCACAAGACUGUCUGGAUCAUCCAUGGUUGAGGAAAGACAAGAUGAGGAAGGAUACCCAGCUAGAUAAAACGAGGCUUAAGAGGUUCGUAAUUCGCCGUAGGUGGCAGAAAGCUGUUAAUGCUUUUCUGGCCCUUAAACGAAUGGGAGCAACUAUAAACUUGUAAAGAAAAGAAAAAAGUGAAACCAAAAAUAAAAGUAACGAAACCCAAGUGUAUCCAAGCAGAAGUGAGGACGUUGUUUAUCAGUGGACUUAUCCUAAUGUAAAACCAGUUGCUAAUCAGUCAUGUUUAGGCCGCUAGCAAUCAUUCGCAUAUUGUUGUUAUUAUUAUUUAGUUUUUAUUAUUUGUAAUUAAGUACUACUCAACUUUUCAUUUUUGCAUUUUAUUUUUGUAGUGAAUAUAUUUUAUUAUAAGUGUCUUAGAAUAAUCUUUUUUUUUUUUUGUUGUUGUUGUUCAUACUUUCAUUCUUAUCUUCAGUGUGUAUAAAGGUAUAAUAUUUCUUUUAUUCCUGUUUAGAAAGUUAUUUUAGUACUACAAAGCGUCACUAGAUGGCAGAUUGUACUGUCUUCUUACAAUUACCGCGACAAAGAGAAACCAUAGUGUUAUCUAUAUAUUUCAGAAUUUAAAAUAAUGUCGCGACGCUAUAAUGUUUCUACAAAACUAACAGAACUAAGUCAGUUCAAUAUCUAGGUUUAAAAGUUCAUUCGCUAUCUUUCAUUUUCCUCUCUACUUGUAAGCUGAGAUCGUUAAUUAAUUUUUUUUAAGGUGUCAUUUACUUUAUUCUUGAAUCUGUAGUAGAACUGCACUUGCAACUUAAAAUGUAAGUUUACGUAUAAUUAUAAAUAUUUAAUAAAUUAAAAGCAAUCUUUGGCUAAUAUUAUCAUCACGUGCUCUAAAAUAGUCUUCCACUGUGUUUGCUUUAUUGAAAUUACUAGAAAAUAAGUUAAUGAAUUUGAAUUAACUUUUGAAGAAAUUUAAAAUAUGCGUACUUAAUACGUAUUAAUGCACGUUUUAAAUGUUACAGCAGAAGAGAUGUUAUUUUUUUGUAACUACAAUACUUAGAUUGUAUCAACGUUAAAGUAAUUAAACAGUCUUCAUAAGGAUUAACAUUUUUGAAAUGUUAUGAUUCUACCAAAAAUUCGUACUGCUAUCAGCAAAACAUUGGCAGCGACGUGAACUUUAACUCUUUUAUCAGAUUCUUAGGUUGUGUUCAGUAAAGUUACGAACCACAGCUUUGAUUUUCUUUCAUUGGCAAUGUUUUUGAAUUUUAUCCCAUUUGAUAUUGGGAAAUCUCGUAGAGAAAUAACGCUGAAUUCCAAUACCCUGCAACUUUUUUUCGGUUAUCUUUGUUUUGUGUUCUUCUCAAGCGUGCUAAAAACGCGCGUACUCAGUUUUUUUUGUUUUUUUUCAUACAGCUUCUUUGAUUUUAGAUUUUAUCCAUAUAUCUUGCAUACUGUGGCGAAUUGGUUGAGAUUCCUUAAAGGCAAGAUAAAAGAAUACCAAAGUAAAUCAGCUCUACGAUCAAAAUAAAUCUCAGUUUUUCUUUCAAUUAACGUUGUGUAGCCACAAAUACCGUUGUUAAUUUGUAGAAGUCGGUAUCUUGUUCCAGACGUAACACUCCGCAAUAGUCACGGUAAUAAGGAGUAACUCUACAAUCGUGUAGAGGGGGGUAUAUAUAUUAGUUUCAUGUAAAACAUAAAAACCAUGUAAAUUGUAUGUAAUAUUUUUUAUGUAUAAAAACAAAAAAAAAUCAAAUUUAAGAAACGUAAAUACAGUGCACGUUCUUGUAAAUAACUUUUGUUUGUAGCCUUUACGAGUAAGAAAUAACUGCAAACACUGAAGUUUUCUAUGCACUCCAAAUAAAUAAACACAAAAUUGUAUGACGUGCAAGAUUUUAAAAAUACACAAGUUUAAAUAUUUAGAGAGGAACGUUUUUUGAAACUUAAAACCAAACAGCCGCCAUAUCAAGGUGGGGAUUAAAACAAAGUAGUUUUAGCUGCAUCAACUAAUUUUUUUUAAAGUUUUAUAUUAUUGAAAGAGAAACUAAUACACAAUAUCAAUAUAACUUUCUUGAUCACUACAAUUGUACUGUCUCUUUUGCAGUACAUAAAUGUAAUACCCCACCUUUCUCAAUUCUGGUACCAGAUGUAAAAUCCCACCCUUUCUCCAUUCUACUCCCAAACAUUUGCAAGUUAAACAUGCAUAAACAAACAAUUUGAUUACAAACAUCAGUCCACAUCUUUCGUAUCUACUGAACAUGAGCAUCUUAACUUUAUAAACGAAAAUUACACUUUCAUUAAUGCGACAAAAACUGUUAUUUGUCGCUUUUUCACUUCAUUUUUCUUAUAUCAGUGAAUUUUAUCUUAAAAUAAUUUGCAAUAAUCUGCAUUUCUGUACAUCGAUAAUUUCAAGAUUAAAUUGUUCCAUUGUGUGGCGGACAGUUACUUGUUUGAACGGGUGUGAUUUAACGUAACAUAUUUUUGUAGUGUUUAAUUUGGCUAGUCUGUUUCUGAUAUUGGAUUUGUUGUGUUUUCCAUGGUGUGUUUUAUUGCGGUUUAACUUGAGAAAUAAUAGAAGCUGUAAGCUUGUCUACCUAUUAUCCUUGGUAAAAACAAAAAACUGUUGAAAUAAGAAUCUUUAUUAUUUAUAUUUCUGAACAGGAAAGUAGUGUGUAUUUUUCUUUGUUUCGCUUAAGCUUACUUUGAUGCCAGUAACAAAGUGUGGAUAAUCACUGAGGAUUUGGUAGGAAAAAAAUGAUAUUUUGCAGGAAAAUCUAACAAUAGAAAUAAUUAAGUUAAAACAUAAGCAUAUUACAUUUCAAGUAGUAUUAGUAAAAAAAAAUGAAUAAGGUUUUUGUUAACAUGUAUACGUGGAAUCAUCGUGGCUUGUGUAUGAAAUUUGUGGAUUUUUUAUGCGUAUGUAAACGCUAUUAAAAGCUAAUUUUAAACAAGUUAAACCUAAAUGAUAUAACUAACUUUGUGAGGGUGGCAAAACUAUAUAAUUUUCUCGUUUUUGGAAGAAAAAAGAUUUGGUGGAUCCGAAGUGGUAUAUCAGCUAAUCAGACUUUAUCUGUCUAUCCUACGCCAUCUUGAAUAGUACAACUUGUUUUUCACUUCAUAUUGUUACUGAGGGCGAAAUUCGGCAGAAGUUGCGAGCUAUUUCAUUCUGCUUGUAAAAUUCAAUCUGUUUCUCUAUCGUGUCGCUUUGGUGACUGAAGCACCCACCUGGUUAGCAAUAUCACGGGUUAACUCCCACCAAAGCUCAAUUUUUAAUUCUUUAAAAAAAUAUUUAAAUAGUUAGUGAUGUUUAUCGUGUCAUUUAAAACAUUCUGAUCAAUCUUCUGUUCGAUAAUUUUUGUAAGUAUCAUAAAAUAUUAAGAAAAUAAAGUGAAUUUGUUUUUUCUUAUAUAAGAGGUUAAUUAAAUGUGAAAUGAAAUAUUCGCAAGGUGGCGAAUUAAAUGUAAUCAAUAUUACGUAAAUUAAGCAUAAUUUAAAAGGAUGAACAAAAAGAUUAAUUUAGUCAUCCGUGCAUGGCUCAAUAAUAAAGCAAUUAUAAUUAAAAUAAAAUACUUAAUUAGAACUUUUCGUAGAAUAGCAGAGAAAUAAUCAGUUGACAAUUAAUUUUAAGAAUUUAAUAAUUUGCGUCGGUUUGUUUGUUGUUGACCUCUUUUCUCCCACAUUUUUUUUCCAAUGUGAUUGAAGUUGUUUGUUUCGUUUUCCACUGAAGUAUCCAGUUUCAAGCUGUGAAAUGUUUUUCGCUGAUGGAGGUGUUCAUAUAUUCUUUUUGCUUGUAUUAGUGGUAUGUAAUCGGUGAAGGAAACAACAAAAAAAAUGGAAUAAAUAAACUUUUGCUUUUUA